ACAACCUGCCCGGAGUACCUUCUUCUUGAUAUCAGGUCCAGCCUCUUCACCAACCGAUAUCCGACAAUCCUGUGUCGCCACUGAUCAAUCCAGACGGCGCACGUGCCGUAACCAUAGUGAUCCCGCCAAUCCUUUACGAAAUCUUCGAUCGAAAGAUUGAUCGGUCUAUUGUUUACAUCAAAUACUUUAGUGAAAUUUUACAACGUUUCUCCAACGAUGAUUCGUUGUUCCUGUGUUUCUCUUAUCAAGUUCUGUCGUUGAAACACAGCGUCCUACAAAUGUACAAGAGAUUAGUGUGAUACUGAUUAGAGGUUAAGAAGAUAGAAACACAAGCAGUCGAAUGUGAGAAGAGUAUGGUGCUCUAGCUACGUCUACGUUUAGAGAAGAUUUAUACAUAUCCAAUGUAUGUCGCUAUUAUUUUGGUGUGAAAUAUGUCAAAUGAUUCGUAAAUCUGUGCCCUAGGACAAGUCUUACAUUAUUGUCGUCUGUUCGAGAACGAGCUCAAUAUUAUUAUACCAGAAACAUAACAUACACUAUGUAUUAAUAGUAUGUGUGCAAUAACAAUAUAUGCGUAAUAGUGUAUACUAAUAUAAAAAUUUGUUUUUAACGAGAGGAUAUAGAUAUAUACAGACAAAUCAUACGAAUUUUCCUGGCAUUAGUUACUAUCUGAUAUUGAAAGUUCACUGGAUAAAACUCCAUGGAAUUAACUAGUGUUAUUCCUAAAACGUAUAGUAUACAUAUAUAUAGAUAAUAUAUGUAUAAUAGGACUAUACGUAUGAUGAUAUAUACUGCUAUAAAAAUCUGUUUUCAACGAGGAGAUUUAUAGUAGAUGCAUAAUAUUAUAUGCAUAUAGAAGGAUCGUAUGAAUUUUCCUCAUAUCAAUUGCUAUUUAGUAUUGAGGAUUAACUGGAUGGGACGCGGAAACCGUAUACUUGCGGCCCGCCGGAGGUGCAUCGUGAUUAUGUGACAGUUUUGUGAACGUGAUUAAAUUGACCUCGAUACAUUGUGGACAUCCGUGCGGUGCGUUUAAUUCCGAACUGUGUUUUCGCUGCUUUCCACUCAAUUCAUCGUUUUCGAUGACACCAACGAAUUUAUAAAGAAAAAGAAAAAAACGAUGUUUCGUGUAAAACCUGAUUAGAUCUGGAAGAAAUCAUCGUUUCAAGUUGGAGGAAAAAGAAAGAGAUUCUAUCUUUUUCUUUUCUUAUCGAGAAGACGAUCGAUGGUCAGCGUGUACGGUGUGCAGCUCGCAUUUUAUCGUGGACAUCGUCGCAGUGACAGCAGGGGCUCUUUGGUGAUGUACGACAGCGCUAGCUGUUCGUACGCAGGUGCGCUCGAAUUAAAGGGAGCCUCCGGGGCCGGAGCCGCGGCCGCGGCCGCAGGAGUAACCGCGGCCGGUGUUAAGCAGGAGAAUUGGCCGUACCGUGGCCUGACCUGCGGUAGCACCUUCCAGAGGCUCAAGGAGAGCGUCGACAAAGCGAAACAGGCGCUCGCCGACCGCGGUGGAUAUCUAUCCGGUGCUUUCUCGCCGCCACCACGUGCCAAUCCAUCUACCAUUUCACCAACCACGUCUAUCACCGAUGCCAGCAGCUCGUACAAAGGAGGCUGGAGCCACGCCACGUCGCCAGCUCCUGGACAGGGAUACGGAAGCAGCUUAUCCAAGUCAGCACUGGACACGCACACCCACCUCAGGCAGCCUGAUCCCUAUCAAAUGUUCGGAGCGACGAGCAGUCGGCUCGCGAGCUCCGGUUCCGGUCAGAUUCAGCUCUGGCAAUUUUUACUCGAGCUACUGUCGGAUUCGAGCAACGCCGCGUGCAUUACGUGGGAAGGAACCAACGGCGAAUUUAAGUUGACUGACCCUGACGAGGUGGCGAGACGUUGGGGCGAAAGGAAGUCCAAGCCUAAUAUGAAUUACGACAAAUUGUCGAGGGCUUUGAGGUACUACUACGACAAGAACAUCAUGACAAAGGUCCACGGGAAGAGGUACGCGUACAAGUUCGACUUCCAGGGCCUGGCGGCAGCGACGCAGCCCGCGGCUGCGGACCCAGCCGCGUACAAAUACCAAAGCGAGUUGUUUAUGUCCGGUUAUGGGCACGCGAAGUUGAACCUUAUGCCACCACCGGCCGCCUCCGUGUCGGUCUCCGUUCCAGGCGGCCUUUUCCAAUCGGCCUCCAGCUACUGGUCCACGAGUCCGGGUGCCAACCUGUAUGCGGGACACCACACGGCCUCUGGCCAUGUGCCGCCUCAUCUGGGCACCUAUCCGCACUACGCAUGACCCACCGCCGAACACUGGGGCGCCCUGGGUACGCCACGUUAACAAGUUUCUACUCGAGGGAAUUUAACCGACCGCCGCCAUCGCGGUCUACGUGUGCCGUCGGUCCGUGGAUUCCGCAAAUAGACCACACCUUUUGCGAUUGCACUAUCCUGCUGUAGUGGUUGGUGAUGUCGUUUUAUCUGUCCUCUUGCAAUUUUUGUUUCUUUGAUAAGUAUUUAUAUCCUUCUUCGAUUCCAUUGAAUUCUUCAUUUUCUCAUUGCCUUUGCUUGGCCAGAAAGUGGAUGAUGAAGUGAAUAGAGAAACCUCAAAGUAU